UCCAAUGGAAGGCAAGCUAGCUAGUGGGGAGAGCAGGGGAGGUUCAGAUCUCCACAAGUCAUUAUGCAAGACUAGCCAGCUGUAUAUAAGGCCACGACUAUAUGACAGAGAACCAGAGGAAUCUCUGUGAGCUCUCCCACUUUGUUUUCAGAAUGCUGCGGUACGUUGUGGCCCUCUGUCUCCUGGCUUUGGCCUGGGCGCAGGACUGCCAGGUGGCCAACAUCCAGGUCAUGCAGAACUUUGACAAGACAAAGUAUGCCGGGGUAUGGUACGCCGUAGCAAAGAAGGACCCAGAAGGUUUGUUCUUAAUUGACAACGUCGUGGCCAAGUUUACUAUCGAAGAGGACAGCAAAAUGACGGCAACAGCUAAGGGCAGAGUUAUCAUCCUCAACAAUUGGGAAAUGUGCGCCGACAUGUUGGCUACCUUUGAGGAAACUGCUGACCCUGCCAAGUUCAGGAUGAGGUACUGGGGAGCUGCCGCUUACCUGCAGACUGGAAACGAUGAACACUGGGUUAUUGACACCGACUAUGUCAACUACGCCAUCCACUACUCCUGCAGAAUGGUAGACGAAGACGGCACAUGCCUGGACAGCUACUCCUUCAUAUUCUCUCGUUAUCCGGAAGGUCUGAGGGCGGAGGAUCAGCACAUUGUAACCCAGAAGAAGCAAGAAAUCUGCCUGCUGGGCAAAUACAGACGCGUCCCACACACUGGUUUCUGCGUCAGCAGCUGAUCUGUUGACACUUUGUUUUUUGAAGCACCCCCUCUCUCUUCCUCUACUCGUCCUGGACUGAAUCCCACCAGAGUGCUCUUUGCCGUCCUUUUCUAUCCUCACAGAGAAAGUAGCCCGUACUUCUUUAAAAAUAAACAAAAAAUGGCAAACUAUACUCCGUCACAUUCACAUGACUAAUGCUGUAAAUAGAAAGGAAAGAUAAUGCUGGUUUGUUGUCACUUUCCCAAAAUGUCCCCAUUAGUAAAGGAGAUUCUGGGCCUCUUAACAUUAUAGUCCUCACCAUCUGUCAUGAGUUAGUAGCAGUAGUGUGAAACAACCUUCCUCUUGGAAACCAGUGGAAGUUGCUCACUGAGAAAACUAGACAUAUCCGGUCACUGACUGACAACUUUUGGAGCUUUUCAGGCCAAUGUGACAAAUACUCAGUUGGGAAAAUCUCCUAGUUCUCAGUGUUGCUGCAGCUCUGGAGCAUUAACACCAUGUUUACCACAAAACCAGGUUCACAAGUCACUGACUUUGCUUUUACACUGAAGGACGUACAGUAUCUUGUAGCACAAAAGUUUGUUAAUUAACCUUAAUACAUCCAUGUUAAGUUGCGUGCUAUAUAGGCAUAGCAGUUUGGUUGUUAUUUGGUUGUAUGAUGUAUACUUCUUGAUCCAAUUUUUCAAAUAAAACAUUCAUACUAUG